UUUAGUGGUUUUGUUAUUUCGUCAUGUUAUUUCAGUUGUGUUUAAAGUUAUGGUGUGUGUGAAUAAAGGUUAUGUUUAAGUAAAUGGAGUCAUGUCAAUUCAAGGAUAUACACCAAGCAUAUAACCACCAUGCCACCAUAAAAUAGUGACCCGGCGUCUACGACCAUAUAAUGGCGAUCCGGCUACUCGCAUGAAGCUUCUACUGGUUGUUCGUUCAAGAGCUUGUUCCAGAACUUUUGUGUUUUUUCCCUUCGGACGCUUACAUGGAGGAAACAGCAGCUGUGAAGAUUCCAAUUUACAAUCCGAUUGACCCGGCAUUGUGGUUUGCUAUGUGUGAAGCAACUUUUGCUUUAGCCGCACCCAAGCCUAUCACGGAUUCAAAGACUAAAUUUAACUACUGCGUCGCUCAUUUGCCGCCGGAAUUCGCUGCGUUGGUUAGAGAUAUCAUUCUCCGGGAACGUACAGAUUCUUCUUACGAAGACCUCAAAGCUACUAUUACGGAACGCUGUGGUGAAAGCAGUACGAGUGAAAUACGGAAAUUACUCACCUACGAGCAACUUGGAGAUAGAAAGCCAUCAGAACUUCUACGAGUAAUGAUUAGGAGGGUUGAAAAGUACAAUGUGCCUGACUCUUUAUUACUGGAAUUAUUCAUGCACCAGAUACCGCCAAAUGUUCAGUCUAUUCUAGCGUCGGUUGAGCCACUCGAUUCAUCGAAAGCUGCCAGUAUCGCGGAUAGAAUGUUGGAGGUUACAUCCGAUCAGGUAAGCAGUUUCUUCGCGUGUACCUCUCAAUGUCUCUGAGAAUACUAAAUUAGAUUCCCUGUUGGAGGAACUGUGCAAAUUGCGUAGCGAGGUUUUUUGUCUCUACGACAAUCACGCAGUACUUCCAAAAAUCGCUAUAACAGGAAACGAAGCCCUUCAACUAAAGCUGCUUCGAACUGUUCCUAUUGUUGGUAUCGUCAUAAAUUUAGCGAUAAAGCUAAAAAGUGUGUUCCACCAUGUACAUUUCAGGGAAAUGUGCCAGGGAAAGUGUAGUGGAGAUAUGCGCUUUACCCUCUGAGUCUCGUCGCCUUUUCAUUAGAGACAGGAAAUCGAAUAGAAUAUUUUUGUGCGACCCUGGCUCAGACGUCAGUCUUCUUUCAGAAGCAAGACAGGAAGCGCGCCAAACAUCUAUCAUGACGUUUUCUGCAGCAAAUGGUACGUACCCCUAUUCAAGUUUAUGGACAGAAAACGUUAAGUAUUGACCUUGAACUUCGUCGUAAUUUUAAUUUUACUUUUUAU